AUGGAAAUUGAUGAUGAGGAACCUUUAUUUCGUAUACGAUAUAUUAAAAAAGAUAUGAUAGAAAACAAAGAUGGCUAUUGGGAACAAUAUAAUACAUAUAGGAAGUUAUGGUAUAGACUGUGUAAUCAAUGUAUGCAAAGGGUUCGUAAACCAUCUGAAUCUUUAUGUAUAUAUCAUUUUAAUCAAGAAAACAAAUCAAAGAGAAAAACAAUAUUUAAACCAAGAACUUUGAAGAAAAACUUAAAACGUUUAGAUAAUAAAAUUAAAAGAAAGAAUAAUAAACGCAAACUUUCAUUAGAAACGACAAUUGAUAAUAAACUAGAACAAAUUGUUAAACGUGAAAAUGAAGAAUUAAAUGAAUCAUUAGGAAUUGUGAUAUCUGUUUCAUCAUCUCUGAACAAAAGACAAAUUUAUCAAGUCAAAGAAUUUAUUACUAAAUUUCAUAAUGAAUCUCAAUCAAUUCAAUGGACAUGUGAAUCUCAACCUGAUUAUGUCGAUGAUACAACAACUCAUCUUAUUGCUAAUGAUUCUGGUUCAUUUACAACAAUAUUAACAAAACAAAUUAUUCAAGCAUGUGUUCGUCAUAUAUUUGUUGGUUCAAUAAAUUGGAUUAUAUCAUCACUUAAACAAUCAUUUAUUGUUGAUCAAUUUUCAUAUGAAAUUUUACGUGAUAAACAAACAUUUAACAAUUCUCGUGGUAUAAAACAAUGUCGUUUCGAUCAAUUACCUGUAUUUCCAUCAUCAUGUAUUAUAUCUGUUGAAUGUCAUAAAGGUAUAAAACAAUUGAAAAUGACUCGAGAUGAAUUAAUUGAAAUAGUUGAAUUAUCUGGCGGUACAUUAUUAAAUGAUUAUAUAGGAUAUGAAAAAUUAAUUAUUAUAUGUAAUUCAAAAAAAGAGAUGAUUAAUAGAAGAAAACAAAAUAAUGAUAAUUUAUUGAUAAAUGAGAAAAAUAUAUAUUAUUCUAAACCGGAAUUUUUGUUUGAUUCUAUUGUAAGACAUGAAGUACAAGCAAUAGAGAAAUAUUUAUGGUGA